ACAUAAUCACCUACUUUAGAUCUUACAAACUUCGAUAUUUUUUCGUCGAUAUUAUCGGAAAAUGUUAGUGUUGUAAGAAACUCUAGUCUUGGGAGUAUUUUUUAUUAAAAGUUGAGAGCUAUUUUUGAAGACUCGACUCGAGGCUUAUAAAUAAAACUUACAGCUCAAGUCUUUCAGAAUGUUGAGUCUUUUGUAAAAGACUCGAAAGGACUCGGACGACUCAGAUGACUCGAAAAGACUGACUCAUGUGACUAACGAGUCCUAGUCUUGAAAAUAGACUUGAGUUGACUUGUCAACUCUAACAUUUUCCGACCAUUCAGACAUGGACGCUAAAAAUUCAUUUAAGUCUUAUAAAUAUACAUUGUUUAUUGGUCGUUAUAUUAGGCGCAUUUAAAAUGAAAAACCUGUAUUAUUAGUUUUAUCGAAAAUAACGGCUAUAAUCGGCGCGCUGCGUGCUUGUAUGCAUGCACUGUCAAUCGGCAAUUCUUCUGACGCGCCGGCUAACUGCUUGUCUGUUUUAUCAUUAAUAAUGAGUCGUUAUCAUGUCCGCCUACACCGGAGUCGCAAGCGCAGGAAGCUUAAACUCAGUCGAGUCCUCCCUCUGUGCACAGCUCCGCGCCAGCCGGCACAAAAACAGCGCACGCGCAUUUAAAUUACGCGAAUUAAAAUAAUACUGACAGCACAAUGACUACCAUGAUGGUAAAUCCGUUCAGCACGCAGGAUGCGCUAAUAGCCAAGGUUAUUACCAUGGUGACAUUGUUCACCCUUUCAAUGAUGGUCGGGCUGAUUCCCAUGGCCAUUUCAUUGAAGUUCGACUGGUUCACCAAAGCUGCUGAUGGCGAUUUGCGGACGAAGAACAAACUCGUGAUGGGACUCCUGGCUUUCGGCGGGGGAGUUCUCUUCUCCACCACUUUCAUGCAUUUGCUUCACGAAGUCGACGAGAACAUCGCGAUAUUGCAAGAGGAUGGUGACUUAGCAGACCUGCCGGUCUACUUGGGCGGGCUCAUCAUGUCGAUGGGAUUCUUCAUGAUGUAUUUGAUCGAGGAGCUGGUCCACAUGUACAUUGACAGCAGGAAUAAGAAGUCCUCCAACCUGUCUAGGACUUUCAGUAUUCGCAAACCUAGCAGCGAUUCUCAGUCCAUGAAGGAUGAACUGAGAGAAAUGGAGAAUGCACGAGCUAGCAGACUUAGCCAUGGUCACAGCCACACUCAGCAAUUGGAUAUAGACUCCGAAGAAGAUUCUAUGAUGUCCGCUCUCAGAGGACUGCUGAUCGUCUUGGCUUUGUCGAUCCACGAACUGUUCGAGGGACUGGCUGUAGGGCUAGAGUCUUCUGUCGCUAAUGUAUGGUAUAUGUUCGGCGCGGUGUCCGCUCACAAGUACAUCAUCGCCUUCUGCAUCGGCGUGGAGCUGCUGGCUGCCGGCACCAAGCGCUGGCUGUCCAUCGUCUACAUCUUCACCUUCUCCUUCGUCUCGGCGUUCGGCAUUGGCAUCGGUAUACUGCUGGUGGGCGGCGCGGGAGCGGCCGAGGCGGGCAUUUACUCUGUGGUGUUGCAGGGUCUGGCAUGCGGAACGCUGGUGUACGUGGUAUUCUUCGAGGUGUGGAAGCGAGACGGCUCCGGCAUCCGGCAGUUCCUGUUCGGCUUCGCCGGAUUCGCGAUCAUGACUAUGAUCAAUGUGAUCGUGGAAGUUACUUUAGAAUCUUAAAUAUAAGUUUCCAAGACAACUGAGCUAUAUGGUUUCAUUGGCGACCGACGGAUCCCUGCACCAUGGAUCGCCUACCAAUUAAAUCUUAAUCACUAUGUAGCCAAGUUUCUGCUAUAGUUUUAAGAUAAGUAGUUAAAGUAGAUUAUUUAUUUUGAAGUGCGCUGUAUACUGUAUAAAUAUUAUGGAGGACAAGGGUGUGACAUCCAUUAACCCGUUCCAGCUAGAAGGAUUAUCCCCCCGUUACACAAUUUUGGAAGAUAGCUCCACCCAUAUUAACUUGAUAAGGAAUUUAAAAGUCCUAACGUUAGAUAGAGGAUUAUUCUAGUUACUCGUAUUUCUUUUAUUUAAACCAACGAUUAUUUUGAUGUUACCAACAGUUACUAAAAAUUUAAACAGGGAAUUAAUUCAAAAUUAUAUUUUUAAGGUUUGUACAAAAAUUUGUAAAUAUUAAAAUGUAUUUUUGUAUAUUUGCUGCUUGUUGCCAUUAUGCAUUUACGCUAUGACUAAUAAUAAUAUUAUUUAUCUUUAAAAUAUUUUAAUAUAACUUCGUCAAUAAGCAUUUAAAUUAGAAGAAUGCUACAGGAUUUUUAUCUUUACGAUUGCUAAUUGAUACAAAAUCUUGCUUGCAUGCAGCUUUUCUUUGAAAACGUCUGCAUUACAAAGAAAACUUAGCCUACAUAUUUUUUGUGAUAAUUAACUGUAUUAUUAAAAGGACACGGAAUAACUUAUUCAAUCGAAAAAAUAAUUCGAUCUAUUUAAUAGGUAGGUAAAUUUUUGUAUUGGAAUUUCAGAAUUCUACCGAAAUACUUGUAAAAUUAUCUAUUUCUGUUAUACCUACCUUCAAUAAGAAUUUAAACAUUCCUGAAUUUUAUAAAAUAAUCCCUACCUACCUAUUGUUGUAAAUUCGUGUUGAUAGUUUUAGGUCUUUUUUGUGUAGGUAGGUAGUUAAGUUAUUAUAAUUUAAUUUUAUCUACUUUUGAGUUGUGUUAAUAAUAAUGUGAUUAGACUAAAGAUUUAUUUAUAAGCAAUAAUAUAACUUAUUUAUGUAGGUCAGUAUAAUACAGUAGGUCGUACAAUAAUGAUUUUUCAGUAUGAUUACUAAGGUUCCUGAAUUGUUUACAGACUGAUUUAGGAUAUCUAUAAGGUAUUAGUUGAACAAUUUAGUCCCUAGCACAUCGAACAAUACAUUUUUAAUGCAAAAUCGCACCUAUUACAA